AAACGAAGCGUGCGAGCGUGUGCGACGCCGCGACGCCGCGGUUUAACCAGGUGAGCAAAACUCUAUCAAAGCCAGCAUUGUUUCUCGAGCGGCGCGAGCGGCCCCGGCGACGCGCGGCCGCGAUGGUUACCCCGCGAGACACCUCAUCGCCGCGCGACGGUCGCCGACCACGCCGCGCACUUCCCCAAGUGCUGACGCGCGUCGACCGGACGCCUCGCAGGUACGAAGCGCAGGAUGGUCCACACGCACGGCUGGGUCCGCCGCAAGGUGAAGAACUCGGACAAGUGGGUCCGCAGAUGGCUCGAGGUGAAUAAGCACGUGCUCUACUCGUACCAGUCGUGCCCGGCCGACAUGCCGUCCGCGCGGGUCAUGAACAUGCUCGACCUGCGGAAGACGCGCACGAUCGACGUCGUCGACGGCGAGGAGGGCCUCUUCGUCAUCGUGCCCCAGUCGGCGGACGACGCCCACCCGGGCUACCUGAUGAAGGCGGAGUCGCGGGAGUCGGCGCUCGCCUGGGUCGCGGGACUGAACGCGGCGCGCGACCGCGAGAGCGAGAAGAGCGGCGUCGGCGCGGCGCGCCGGCCGGAGCGCGGCUGCUGCUCGCUCUGCUUCGGGUCGAAGCGGGCGCCCGAGCGCGACCCGCUCGUCCAGUACUAG